AUGGACAUGUACUUGGGAGAGGAGAGAUCUAAGAAUCUACAUUUCAAGGAGUUUCGCAGAAAUAGAGCACGUUCUAUCAUCACUACAACGUGCAUAACACUAUUUGAAGGCCGAGUUCUAUAUAUUUAUAUACUGCAAAUACUCAUUGUGUGUGGUCAUGGAGUAAAAAAUACUAAGCGGCAAUUCCAAGUUUCUCCAAUCCGUUGUGUAGAAGUUUCUCUCAUGGGUGGGGCAACAACUAGCAAAACAGCAGGAUAUAUUCGAGUAGGAGAAUGGGGAAAACAAAGUGGAGGUCCUCAGAAUGAGUGGUCUUUUGCACUUGAGAAAGAUCAUAAACUGGUGAAGAUAACCAUUGACCAUGGUGAACUAAUAUACUCUCUCAUGUUCACAACUAAAUGUGGAGGUGUUUUGCAUAAUUCCAACAAGUUUGGUGGUUGGAAUGGUGGAGACACAGUUUCAGAGAUACACUUUGAAAGUGAUGAGGAAAUAGUUGGGAUUGGUGGAGCCAUUGGUAAUCGAGGUGGUAAUCCAGUAAUUUCGUCACUAUAUUUUAAGACAAACAAGAGGACACAUGGACCUUUUGGUCAUGCAACUGAAAAUGAUUUUUAUUUACCAUGGGACAAAGGCUCAUUGGUUGGGUUUUGUGGCCUUGCUGGCUAUUAUAUUGAUGGCAUUGGUGUGUAUCUAAAAGCCUAUGAGGAAAUCUUACGGGUUGGAACAUGGGGAAAAACUCAACCCGCAAGUCCACAAAAUGUUUGGUCUUUCCAACUUGAGGAAAAUCAUAAUUUGAAGAAGAUAACCGUUGAUCAUGGUGAUCUCAUAUAUUCUCUCAUGUUCACCACACAAUGUGGAGGCUUAACACAAACUACUGAAAAGUUUGGUGGUUGGAAUGGUGGAGAGACAGUUUCUGAGGUAAUAUUUGAAAGGCACGAGGAAAUAAUUGCCAUUAGUGGAACAAUUGCGUUAUCAAGGGGAAGUGAUGCUGGCUUGACUAUAAUAUCCUCGAUAUCAUUCAUGACAAACAAGAAAACUCAUGGACCUUUUGGUAAUGUAAGAGGGAAGCCUUUCACGGUAUCAUGGGAUAUCGGUUCUUUUGUUGGAUUUUAUGGUCUUGCUGGCUAUUAUAUCGAUAGCAUUGGUGUCUACUUGAAAGCAGUACAGAGACGGUAUUUAACUGUUGCAUUGCCCUGUUUAACCCUAACCCUAGACACAAACUUCAGCCGCCACCCCCCCCCCCCCUAUCUCUUCUCUUCGUUCGUUUUUGUCACCGCUUCUUUCUUGGUUGAAGAAAAAGACCGACGGUGGGACGUCGGGAAUAAAGAAGGGCAAGCCUUAGCCGCCAAUAGCUACCGUUGUUGUUCGCGAUUUUGGUUGUACGUCGUCGCCGCAGCUAGUGCUACUGUCCUCCGACCAUUUCACGGCACCAGGUGGGUGGCUACGUUCGUUUGGCAUAUUUCGUCGAGUAGUGCUAUUGCAAAUUAUUUUAUGCUCGUUGUUGUUGGCCGGAAAUAUAAGGGAACGACCAUGGCCGCCAGCCAUGGUGACUGCCACCAUCUACCACCACCUACCACCAUAAGGGUGGCUGUGGAAAAAUCCAUAACCACCACUGUAAGGUGGUGGCUGCCGCCUCCUGCCGCCACCAGCCGCCGUGUUGGGUGGCGGUGUGCUUUGUUGUGUUUUGGACUCGUUUGGGGAUGCUUGGACAAAGUAAGCCCAAUGAAACCUAAUUGA